ACCCACCCCAAAAAUUUUCUCGACUGGAGAAGCAAUUUUACCAAGAUAUAUCAGAUUACUAACGACGACGAAUUCAGGCAAUUUUUAUUUAAAAUAUUACACAAGAUAAUCAUUAUCAUAAAAGAACUCAAGAAAUUUGAUAUUGCAACCAACGACCAUUGCAAUUUCUGCUCCAGGGCAGAUUCCACAACGAACACAUUUCUAGAGUCUGAUGUCUCUAUUUCAACAUAUUCAAGUAACAUAAAGGAGUUUAACGAUAUACACAAAUUGAAUGUGAGUCCUCAGGACAGAAGUUCUUAUUCAAUUGGACUAAUGAAAUAGCUUCGUUGACCUCCAUCCAAAAGCACAGACUGGAUCUUCUCUUGCUUCUUAUGGAACAAUAUGCUUAUUCGUGUAAGGUUUUUUCUGAGAACCCCAAUAUUUUUGAACUUCAAACCAAACUCUAUACGCAAUGGAAAAUUGAACAUUGUUCAUUGACUUGA